AUGGCCGACUUGUACUCCCCGGCGGCAGACGACGCCCUCCCGCCGCCGUCGUCGGAUCUCCACGAGGUAGAGGGUGACCGACCUCUCACCACGAGCCCGCCGCCCGCAACCGCCGCCGACGACGCGACACCGGACAAGCCUGCCACCAGUUACGAUGGGGGAGCUGACUCGGGCUCGAUCAAGAACCCCCCGCCCGCGUCGACGUCUCAACCCGGCCAACGUAACCCGCCGAGUCCGGAGCUGCUGAGGCAGGUCGACGACGUCCUCUCGUCUCAGAUUGGCAUCGCGACGCUGCUCACCCGCCUCAAGCAGAGCAUCGGCUCGACGAGGGAAUUCUCCCUCUUUCUCAAGAAGAGGGCCUCCCUGGAGGAAGACGCCGCCCAGGGCCUUAGGAAGCUCUGCCGCACCACCCAGGAGAAUAUGCGACGCCCGGAUCACCGUGCCGGCAGCUUCGCCCAGGCCUACGACGAGCUGGUCUACGUGCACGAGAGGAUGGCGGACAACGGCUCGCACUUCUCGGCCUCGCUGCAGGUGAUGUACGACGACCUGUCGGAGCUGGCCGCGAGUACCGAGCGCAGCCGCAAGACGUGGAAGACCAACGGGCUCGCCGCCGAGCAGAAAGUCGCCGACCUCGAGCAGGCUAUGCGCAAGAGCAAGGUCAAGUACGACUCCCUUGCCGACGAGUAUGAGCGUGUCCAUUCGGGCGAGUCCAGGCAGACGGGCAAGGUGCUCAGCGCCUUCAAGAACAAGUCGGCGGCGCAGCACGAGGAGGAUCUGCUCAGGAAGGUCCAGGCGGCCGACCAGACCUACCACGGCCACGUCCAGACCCUCCAGACCGAAAAGGCACACCUCGAGAGCACCACCAGGCCAGAGGCCAUCAAGGCCCUGCAGGACCUCAUCAGGGAGAUCGAUGCUGGUCUGACUCUGCAGAUGCAAAAAUUCGCUGCUUUCAACGAGAAGCUUCUCCUCAGCAACGGCCUGAGUAUUAGUCCUAUCAAGACCCCCGGAAGCGACUCGCACCCGAUACCUCGCAGCCUCCGCCAUGCCGUCAUGUCCAUUGACGACGAGUCCGACCUCAACUACUUUGUCGGGACUCAUCAGACUAAGGUGCCUCCCAGGACUGGCGAGGUCAAAUACGAGCGUAAUCCUGUCCUCAACCCCCCUUCGUACUUGAACCAGAGCCAGCCUCCCGGAUCGCCUCAAGCAGGAGCCGCCCCUCAGAUGUCGGGAGUGUCGUCACCUGCGGUAGGACCCACGUCCCCGGCAUCGCGGAACAGCACCGUGAACUUUGGGAGCUUCGUUCCCCCGGGAGGGGGCGCCUCUCUGGGACCUAGCGGCGCAAGCCCGCCAUCGCAGGACUCGUCUCGACCUCUCGGCUCGUCGCCGCACACGCGCAGCGUCAGCCAGGGCAACGUGCAGCAGCAGUACAUGUCCCCGGGGUCGUCUGCGCCGCCCUACUCCCCCGGCGACAUCUCGUCGUCUCAGGGGGCUCCGCAGCUCGGUGCGCUGUCGUUCCAGUCGGGGGGAGAAGGAGCAGCGUCGCCGCCCCCGCCUCAGGGGGCCGUUCCCUUUCACCCGGCUCACGGGAGGAGCGCCAGCAGUCACAUGGCCGGCUUGGUGAGCUCCACGCCGUCCAACAUGGGCGGAGGAGGCGGUGGAGCGCCUCCCAACCCCGUGUUUGGCGUGCACCUCGACGUCAUAUAUGAGCGCGACCAGCUGGCCGUGCCCCGAGUCAUCCACCAGUGCAUCCAGGCCGUCGACCUGUUUGGCCUGGGCGUCGAGGGCAUCUACCGUCAGUCUGGGUCCCUGGCGCACAUCCAGAAGCUGAAGCACAUGUUUGACACGGACUCUGGCAGCUCGGCCCUCGACUUCAGGAACCCGGAAAACUUCUUUCACGACGUCAACAGUGUUACUAGUCUACUGAAGCAGUACCUCCGCGAACUGCCGGAUCCUCUGCUCACGUCGGCGCAGCAUGACAAUUUCGUAGCUGGAGCUAAAAAGAAAACAGAGAAGAGCAACGAUGCUGACAAAUGCGUAGAACAGGAUGACGACGUCAUGCGCCGAGAUUCCCUGCACGCCAUCAUCAACAACCUCCCCGACCCCAACUACGCCACCCUGCGCGCCCUGUGCCUGCACCUCCACCGUGUCAUGGAGAACGCUCACAUCAACCGCAUGAACUCCCACAACCUGGCCGUCAUCUUUGGCCCCACGCUCAUGGGUACCGACCCGAGCAAGGCCAUCUCCGAUGCCGGAUGGCAGAUCAAGGCCGUCGACACGAUUCUCCAGGGUACAUAUCAGAUUUUCGAUGAGGACUAA